AUGGAGAAUCAGAUGGAGAAUCAGCAGCAUCCACCAUCGCUGAAGACAAUAAUGAUGGAGCAAGAGCAAGAAGCUAAGGAAGAGCAAGAAGCUAAGAUAAAGAUGGAGCAAGAGCAAGAAGCUAAGAUAAUGAUGGAGCAAGAGCAAGCAGCUAAGAUAAUGAUGGAGCAAGAGCAAGAAGCUAAGAUAAAGAUGGAGCAAGAGCAAGAGCAAGAAGAGAAUCAGCAACUGAAUCAGAUGGAGAAUCAGCAGAAACCACCAUCGCUGAAGACAAUAAUGAUGGAGCAAGAGCAAGAAGCUAAGCAAGAGCAAGAAACUAAGAUAAAGAUGGAGCAAGAGCAAGCAGCUAAGAUAAUGAUGGAACAAGAGCAAGAGCAAGAAGCUAAGAUAAUGACGGAGCAAGAGCAAGAAGCUAAGAACAAGAAGAACCAAGAACAACAAAGUGGUUCUCCUGUAGAAGAAAGAACAACCGUUGGUGGUGAUGGUGGUGCCGCAACGGCGAAGGCAGUGGAGAUUGAUCCUCGUCUGACAUCUUUUCUUGAGAAAGAUGAAUCUUUUCUUACUCCUUGGAGUUGGCAUUCAAAUUCUAAUUCAGGUUCUUCAAACCAGCAAGAAAGAGAAAGGUACUAUCAAUCUCCACCUGGGCGGUCGUUGUUUGCUACACAGUAUGAAGAGUAUUUUGGGACACGUGGUUAUUAUCGGGGACCUAAUCAUCAAUCUGAUUCAAGUUUGUUGACUAUGUUGACUGGGAGAGCUGUUAAUAAGGUGACAGUAAAGGAGCAAGCAAUGAAACAUGAAGAGCUGAAUUGA